UGCGUCCGCGUUUUGGUUCGACGCGCCCGCCCACGGCGCCGGCGGAGCGAACAUGGCCCAGGCGGCGCGGCUGGCGCGGGCGCUGUGGCCCGGCAGGUGUGCGCUCGCCGACAGGCUGGGCGGCCGCUCCUGGCCACCGCUGCUCGUGCAGAGCCGGGCCGGCUUCGCGGGGGCAGCGAGUGGCCGCCAGGGGCGCCCGCGGCUGCUGGGAGCGGUGGCACUGGCGGUCGGGGGCGCCCUGGGACUGUAUCACACCGUGCGGUGGCACCUGCGCGCCCAGGACCUCCGCGCCGAGCUCCCCGCCGCGCAGUUCUCUCUGUCCAGCCGCCUGCAGCUGACCCUGUACCAGUACAAGACAUGCCCCUUCUGCAGCAAGGUCCGAGCCUUCCUCGAUUUCCACGCCCUGCCCUACGAGGUGGUGGAGGUGAACCCCGUGCGCAGGGCAGAGAUCAAGUUCUCCUCCUACAGGAAGGUGCCCAUCCUAGUGGCCCAGGAAGGAGACAGUUCGCAACAACUGAACGACUCCUCUGUCAUCAUCAGUGCCCUCAAGACCCACCUGGUGUCCGGGCAGCCCCUGGAAAAGAUCGUCACCUACUACCCACCCAUGAAGGCCCUGAAUGACCAGGGCAAGGAGGUCACCGAGUUCGGUAACAAGUACUGGCUCAUGCUGGACGAGCAGGAGGCCCGGCACAUGUACGGCGGGAAGGAGGCCAGGACGGAGGAGAUGAAGUGGCGGCAGUGGGCAGACGACUGGCUGGUGCACCUGGUCUCCCCCAACGUGUACCGCACGCCCGCGGAGGCCCUGGCCUCUUUUGACUACAUCGUCCGCGAGGGCAAGUUCGGGGCUGUGGAGGGCGCCAUGGCCAAGUAUGUGGGCGCGGCCGCCAUGUACCUCAUCAGCAAGCGCCUCAAGAGCAGGCAUCACCUGCAGGACGACGUGCGAGAGGACCUCUACGAGGCUGCCAACAAGUGGGUAGCAGCCGUGGGCCAAGACCGGCCCUUCAUGGGAGGCCAGACGCCAAACCUCGCUGACCUGGCGGUGUACGGCGUGCUGCGCGUUAUGGAGGGGCUGGAGGCCUUCAACGACAUGAUGCGGCACACGCGCAUCCAGGCCUGGUACCUGCGGGUGGAGAAGGCCAUCGCCGAGGCCCCCACGGCACACUGAGCGCCCCCGGCUGGUGGGGGUAGGCAGCAGACUGCUGGGGACGGGGGCCCCUGGGCCAGUCUCCAUGACACUGUAUAGGAGCGUGGGAGUGCGGGGUCCUUCGCCUCCUGUCCGCCUCACCCGCAGCUCCCCAGCUUCUGACACUGAAACUUCCAGGGCUCCGGGUGCUGGGGACAAGGCUGGGCUGUUUCUGCUUAUGACCACUAGGGGAUUCGUGGUCCCCCCAGGGACUGCCUUCCGCCCCUGCCCCGCCCCGGGAUCUGGUCCCUGCCUGGACCUCCCUGUUCUGCAGUCCCUCUCCACGGCCGCCAGGGGGCGCUGUCAUGCUGCAAUAAAGAGGAGGUUUGUUGCUCCCCU